UAUAUAUAUAUAUCGUCUUGACGACACUUAUGUAUAUUCAUUUAGUAUGAAACGGACAUGGCUUGAUGGUGUUUUGAAUCAAAAGUUCCUUUUAUACACAUUUGUUGUUGUUAUUACAUUGGCAGUUACUGUUCAUUUAUGGUCUGACAAAAUUUGUUUGCCAGAUGAAUGGUCAGAUGAAAUGUUAAGAGAAUGGCUUCAAAAGAAUCAUAUUUUUUUUGAGGAAACGGAUAGUAGAGAAGUUUUGAUAGAAAAAGUAAAAAUAUCAUUAAAGAAACAAUGAAUUGUAGUAUUAUCAUUAUCCAAGUGUGUAUGGAUAUUUAGCAAU